AGACACAAACUCCGGAGUGACUUGAACGCUGCACAAAAACCCGGAAAGAAAGCGACUUCCUUGUUUAUUUUCGCGCGAAGCGAGUACAAACACAGUGCUCUGGAGUCGGAUUUUCGGUUGGAGAGUCUGGCAGAGCCAUAAUCUGGAUCAGACCCACUACCACCCUUUAAAAGAGGGCAGUGUCGGAAAUGUCAGAUUCAAGGCGGAGGGUUAGCAGAGGGAGCCAGGAGGAGUCUGCCUCACAUGCCAAUGGAAUGGGAGGCCGCAGUAGGCCAGACAGAGCAGCAGACACUGGUGAUGAGGAUGAUGGUGCAGGUCCAUCAGGGAUCCACGAGGAAGAUGAUGACCCGGCCCGUCGGAGGGAAAUCAGAAGCCAGUACAGGGAUCUCAUCAACUCUGUUCAGCAAAAUCGUGAGGAUAUGCUGAACCCAGCCAACAAUAAGCUCAUUGAUGUGUUAGAGGAAGCAAACAAACUGUUUGCCAAUGUCAGGCAGGCUCGGGAAGCUGCUUUGGAUGCUCAACUGCUGGUCCUGGCCACAGACCUAGGGAGAGAAAAGGCCAGCCAGCUCCAUGCAGAGGGCUCAUCUUUUGACCCUUCUGCAUUUGCAGAACAUUUGUUGUCCUUCAUGGGUCUCAAUCGUUUAGAAGAAGAGGAGGAUGAUCAGGAAGGCUGCUUGGGUGGGUAUUUGCCUCCAGAUGCUUGGCAGAGACUUUCCAAAAGAGCAGAAAAUUGCUUCAGAACAGCCCCCUCAUUCCACUACAUGCUGGGCUCAUUUCUGGCUGAACCUCCACCACCACGUCAGCGUGUUGAGAGACAAAGGAAAGCUCCCAGCAAAGAAGCUAAACGAAUGAUGCCUACUCAGCUAAAGAAAAUGGAAGAAUCACAUCAGGAAGCUACAGAGAAAGAGGUGGAGAGGAUUCUGGGGUGCCUUCAGGGAUACUACAGUGAUGACCCACAGUCUCCUAUAUCUUAUUAUGAGUUUGUUGUUGAUCCCACCUCCUUCUCCCGAACGGUGGAGAAUAUUUUCCACACAUCGUUUCUUAUCAGGGAUGGCCUGGCAAGGAUUUAUCUGGAUGAGUCAAAGCUUCCUUGCAUAGCUCCAGUCGAAGAGGGUGAGGUGGAGCCUGGUGGAGCCGCCACCCGUCACCAGUGUGUCAUUUCAAUCAGCCCUGCCAGCUGGAGGGAGAUCAUUGAAGUGUUUGAAAUUAAAGAGGCUUUGAUUCCCACCCCGAAAACAUUGACGCAAGAAAACUGAUGAGACGACAAUUGUUCCUAAUGUUCUGUUUUAAUUACUUCACUUUUAAGUAAAGGAUUUUAUUUUUUGUUAAUAUUUUUAUGUGUAUACAAUACAUGUAAAAUGUACAGAGCCAAAGAGUAUGUUACGGUAGUGGUAUUGUAAAAUAAAGGUUGCAAAGUAUUUAAA